AUGAAGCCUUCAACCAGAACAGUGCCCCUCGUCGGGCUUCUCUUCGCGAGUGCAAGUGCUCAGCUCACUACUACCUUGGUCAACGACCCACAAGAUACCUCUGUAACCACUGUUUACUACUCUGUCUGCCCGACCGCCCUGACUACUACUACAACUUUGUCGAGCACGAUCACUUACUGCCCCGGACCCAACUGCAACGGAGGAGGUGCUCAGAUCACGCCUCCGCCGCAAGGUCCAUAUGGCUCUGAGAUCCUUGCCUUCACCACUACUGGGCCAGACGGAAAGGUCUCAGAAUACCAUGAGUUCCUCACCGUCUAUGAUCAGAUCUGCUCGGAUGGCAGCGGCAUUGAACAAGCAACGUACACGAUCACCGAAGCUUGCCCUUGCCAUAUGACCAAGAACCCGUUGACCGUUCCAGAAGGUUUCACUACUACUGUUGUGGCUUGCACCGCUUGCGGUGCGAAUGGCGGACCUACUACAAUCACCCUCACAACUCCAUGUGCUACUGGGCCAUAUGCAACAGUGACUCCAGUCGUUGGGUCCAACACUGGUUCCGGCUCAGGAGCAGGCUCAGGUACUGGCUCAGGCUCAGGCUCGGGUACUGGCUCAGGCUCAGGUACUGGCUCAGGCGCAGGCGCAGGUACUGGCUCUGGUGCAGGCUCAGGCUCAGGCUCUGGUGCAGGCUCUGGUGCAGGCGCUGGCUCAGGCUCAGGCUCAGGCUCAGGCUCAGGCUCAGGCUCAGGCUCAGGCUCUGGGUCCGGCUCUGGCGCCGGAUCUGGUGUUGGAGCUGGAGCUAAUGCCGGUACAAAUGCAGUCGCAGGACCGGGCAGUGCUGCAAAUAACAACACUAUCUCGCCACCAAUUACACCUGUUGCAGGAGGCGUGCCUUCAGGUACAGGAGGUAACGCUGCGACAUACACUGGUGGUGCCGACAGAACUGCUUUCGCGAUAUCAGUGAUGGUGGCUGCCCUCGUUGGAUGUUUGGCGUGGAUGCUGUGA